CAUCCAGAUUUAUCAGCUGUCAUUGAUUUUUAUGAAAUAUUUACAAAUAAAAAAAAUACAUGCGUUUCUUGAAAAAACUAAUUUUCCUUAUUCAAUAAAUAUUAUUAAUAAUGAAAAAACUGAUUUUCAAUUUGUUGCACAAUGCCUGCACUGGCUUUUAAAAUUGUUUGAUCAUGGCUCUGAUAUUAAAUUUAAGCUAACAACUCGUGAAGAGAGACUUGCGUAUCUUGUAAAUGUUACUGAUUAUUGGAUGAAAUAUCAUUCCUUAAAAUUGGAUCCAUGUGCAUUAUAUGCUGCUGAAGAUGGUGCAUUAUUAGAAAUAUAUAAAAUUAUUGAAUAUAUAGAUAAACUAUUAAAUAUAGAUGUAUCUAAUAGUGUUACUCACUGUCAAUAUGAUUUAAAAUUAAUGUCAAACAGUAUUAUAGAUGUAAAAAAUGAUCUUAAUCAUAUGGUUGAUGAAAGUUCAAGUUUGUUUAAUGAUCUAAAAAAAGAGGAAGAAUAUUUUGCAAUAAUGGAUGGAGCACUGAAAAAUGAAAUUGAUAUUAACACAUUAGAAAGUUAUAUUGAUACAACCAAACAAAACACACAGGAAGAAAUGUUUAAUGAAGAAAAGAAACUAAAAGAGUUGAAAAAUGAAAAGUAUAAAUUAAUAGGCAAGAUAGGAAGAAAAAAGGAUGAACAUCUCAAAAAUAAAACCAGACUAGAGUCUAUGAAUGCAAUGAUACCUUCUCAUGCUGACGAAUUAGAAGCGUUGGAAAAGCGUAUUAAAUAUCUCAAUAAACUAUACAUAACAAAGCACAGAAACUUAUCCUUCUUAACUAGCAAGAUGACUCAUAACAAUUCACAUGACGCCAAAUUUUAAACAAGUGACAUCUACGCUAAGUAAUUUGGACAACUAUGACACUUACGAAGAAUAACACAAGAGAAUGGAAAAAAAAUUAAAAUGAUCUCAUUUCCGGAUUACAACUUUAAAAAAAAUAAUAUUUUAUUUAUCUUUUUACAAAAAACUAUUCAAGCAGCAUUAAUUAUUAUUUCAAUACAUAAAAUCACUAAAAAAUGUC